GUGGCGGACAGGUGAGCAUCCCAUCUCAUUUGACUGUUUACGGACGGGACUGCCUUUGGAUUGUAAAGCAGAUAUCUUCCCCCAGUUGGGGUUUUUUUUUUCUGCCAGAGUAUCUUUUUUCAUACAUUGAUCAGCAGCUAAGAUAGCAUGGAAUGGAUGAUCUGAUAUCCAGUGACAGACUUCUCUCAGGGGGCAGUUCAGGAGUUUUAGACAUUACAUCCACAAGACUAACAUCUUUGCCACCAAAGGGCAGUAGUGGGUCAGUGAAGAGCAUGAGCAGUGGCUAUGGAGGGGCCGGGGUGGAGAAGAAUAUUUUAACCCAGAACAGCAGCAGCUACUACACAUCCUCAUCGGUGGGUGUGAAUGCUGGAGGACUGAGUUCAGGCGUGUACAUGGGGGACUUCUCCAGCGAGGGGACUGGAGGUGGUGGAGGAGGAGGAGGAGGUGGAGGAGGAGGAGCAGGAGGAGGUUUUAGAGGAGGUGGAGCCGGUGGAGGAGGGGCCAGAGGAGGUGGUGCCGGUGGUGGAGGAGGAGGUGGAGGAGGAGGAGGAGCAGGAGCAGGAGGAGGAGGAGGAGGAAGUGCUGUGUUCAGCAGCUCCUCAGGAUCAGGGAUAGGAGGGUCUAAAAUGAAGCUGGGCUCCAGUGGGGGCGGGAGGAGGUCACAAGGCUCCGCCUCCUCUGUAGGCCACUCCCCCGUGUUCCUGGAGAGGAAGGUUAUGACCAGCCAUUCCACGGCCUAUGAUGGAAGCUCUAGUGGAAACUCAUCCCCAGAGUUGACCAGAAAAGACUACGUUUCACCCCGCGGUCGAAGCCAGAGCAGAGAGAGUGAGAUCAGAACUCGCCUCCAGAGUGCUUCGCCCUCCACUGGAUGGACGGAGCUGGAUGAUGUGAAGCGUCUGCUGAAGGGUGGGCGCUCCUCCAGCGUCAGCCCCACCCGCUCCUCCAGCUCCUCCACCCUCCCCGUCCCUCGCAAGGCCAGCGUGGAGGUCAGAGCGCCUGCUGAGGGCUCACAGUCAGUGUCUGGGCAGUAUGACUCCUCCAUGUUGGACGCUGCCCUCACGUCCUACACCUGGACCAGCUCCACGCUCCCAUCAGGAGCCUCACUCAGCCCCACCUAUGGUUACCAGGGCAACAACAAUCUGUCCUCCGGGACGUCACUGGUCAAUACCACCUCACCAUCCUCCCUGUCAGUGUAUGGAUUCCAGAAUAAUUUGGUGUCAACAACACCAAGCAGUGUACUCACUUCCAAUGGGGUGAACACAUACGCUUCCAGUGGGGUGAACACGUACUCUUCCAAUGGGGUGAACGCACAUGCAGGAUAUGGUGUCCAGAAGAAUGUGUCCCAGGGAAUGUACAGCACAGGAGUGGUCAGCACAGGGGUGUCCACCUCCACAGCUGUGUCCACAUCCAGAUCCCUGAGUGAUGAUGUGCCCCGGAAAUAUGUCCUGCUGGAGAAGGAGAAUGUUCCGGUGAAGAGGGACACCGAGGUCCUCAUCCUGACCAAGGACAGCGGGAAACAGUUCAGCAGUGGGAUUGGGGUGAGGACGGGCUCGUUCUCUGACGACUCUCUGAAGAAAGAGAAAGUGAUCUCUGGCAGUUACUCACAGGCUGCUCCAGUCAAAUCCACCUCUGCAAACACCUACUAUGGAUCAUCAACAGUGGCGACCAAAGACAAAGCUACUUACGCAGAGAUCCAGAAGGAGGAGGAGUGUGGGGGAGGAGGCGGGGGCUGCUGUGGCUGUCUGCCCGGCUGCUGCUCCUGGUGGAAGUGGCUGCUGGGGCUGCUGCUGGGCCUGCUGCUGCUGCUGGGCCUGCUGUUUGGACUCAUCGCACUGGCGGAGGAUGUGAGGAAGCUGAGGGCUCGUGUGGACGCUCUGGAAGGGGCCUCCGGUGCCACGGCUGCCCGCACCAGCCGCCUGACCGCCGGUAACGAGGUGCACCACACGCUCCACACCCAGCCGGGCACCUACACGGACACCGUGGGCACCCUCAGCCGCGCCGACAACACUCUGAACCUGGGCGCAGCACUGCCCACCGACAACGCAGCUCUGCAGAGGACCAUACAGCAGCUGCUGAGAUCAGAGCUGCAGUCCGAGUCUGUUCAAGCGACCCUCGCCUCCUCAGUUAGAACAGAGAGAGGACCUCCAGGGCCGAAAGGCGACACAGGAGCUCCUGGGCAUAAAGGUGACACAGGUUUCCCUGGUUUACCAGGUUCUCCUGGCGCUACAGGACCACCAGGACACGAGGGGUCGAAGGGACAGAAAGGAAGUGCUGGGGAUCAAGGUCAAGAGGGACCCCAAGGGUUGCGGGGACGAGAUGGGUCAGCAGGACAUCGUGGGGAACCUGGACCUCCAGGGUUUGGCACCAAGGGUGAAAGAGGGUCUCCUGGUGAUGCUGGACCUCCUGGUCUUCCUGGAUUGAUUGGUUCUCCUGGACCCAAAGGUGCUAAUGGAGAACAUGGCCCCGCUGGGCUUCCAGGUGGUCCAGGAAUCCCUGGUUUCCGUGGUGAGCCUGGCCCUGCUGGACAAAAAGGUGACAGAGGACCUGCUGGGUCACAGGGAAUUAAAGGUGACCAUGGUGACAAGGGAGAAACGGGCAGACAAGGUCCCGCAGGAAGCCCAGGCAAACAAGGACCCACUGGAGAGAAAGGAGCCAAGGGAUCUACAGGGCCCCAAGGAGUUGAUGGUGAAAAAGGAACCAGAGGUGACCAAGGACCAAUCGGACCGCCUGGAAUCAGAGGUCCGUCUGGGCCCCCAGGAGACACAGGAGCCCCGGGAACACCAGGCCUGCAAGGACCACCAGGAAUUUCAGGAAACCCAGGACAACCAGGAGCUAAAGGUGCAACAGGAGCACCUGGACAAGUCAUCAAUGCAGCUGGCUCCAGCUCAGUGGCCGUUCCUGGACCACCUGGCCCCUCUGGAACUCCCGGACCUGCCGGACCCCCAGGCGUAUCAGGCCCAAUUGGACCUGCUGGACUUCCAGGACAGCAAGGGCCUAAAGGAGACAAGGGUGACAAGGGAGAUCAAGGAGAACCUGGCAUCACAGUCAAGACCACAGAGACCAUUCGUUCUACCCAGGCAGAGAGGCAGUUCAGUGCAGCUGGAUCUCAAGGGAACCCUGGCCCUCCGGGCCCUCCCGGUCCUCCGGGCCCACCUGGCCGUACAGGAGACUCCAGACCAGGACCGUCAGGCCCACCUGGACCACGAGGGGAGGCUGGCCCACCAGGCUAUGGAAGACCCGGCCCAAGGGGAGAGAAGGGAGAGCCAGGCAGCUUCGUGCCCAACUCAGGCACGUUCUUCGCUGGACCUCCUGGACCCCCAGGACCUGCAGGCCCCAAAGGAGCUCCAGGAACACAAGGGCUCAGGGGAUACCAAGGAGAGGCUGGCCAGCCUGGAUUACCAGGGAGACCUGGAGAUGGAGCCAGAUCCUCAGACUAUGGAGCAGUGCGAGGACCCCCAGGGCCCCCCGGACCUCCAGGGACACCAGGACGGGAGGGACGCAAAGGGGAUCCAGGAUCCCCAGGUGCCCCAGGCUUUCCAGGACAAUCCAGAGAUUCUGGGGCGUCUCGGGGACUUCCUGGCCCUCCUGGUCCACCCGGGCCGGCUGGAACUCCCGGAACACCGGGAUCGUCCGCACACUCUGGGGCCUCAUACUCUGCGUCCGAAUUCCAUCGCUACAUCUCUGACUACUUCCAAAGUGACGGCGCGAGGCAGCAGCUCAGUAGGAUGCGGGGACCCCCUGGCCCCCCCGGCUCGCCUGGCUCUCCUGGGCCUGCAGGAAGCGCUGUGUCCAUUGACGACAUGGCGACUCGUGUCAUUGCCUACAUUCAGCGUUCAGGCGCUGUUGGAGGAGCCCAAGGUCCUCCUGGCCCCCCCGGGAUCCCUGGAACCCCUGGGACCCCUGGAACCUCUGGAUCCGGCUCCAUUUCUGUGUCUGACAUCAUCUCGAUGCUGCAGAGGGAUGAUGUGAGGCGCUAUGUCAUGGGCCCACCGGGUCCUCCUGGAACACCUGGGCAACCUGGCACACCUGGCACUGGGGGCGGAGCAUCCAGAGCCAAUUAUAACAACCAGGAAGUGGCGGAAUAUGUCAUCAGGGUUAUUAAAGAGCGUGGUUUAACUCAGGGCAGACCCGGAGCUCCUGGACCUCCAGGAACACCUGGAUUACCUGGAAGCGUUGGUGACAUCACUGCCCUGCUGGAACGUUCUGGGUAUCGUGGGACAGGUGGUGCUCCAGGUCCACCUGGGCCUCCAGGUGUCCCAGGGCCUCAAGGUCCAACUGGGCCCGCAGGAAGAUCCACACAAGUCAGUGGAGGUUCUGGCUACAGACUGGAGGACAUUCAGGUCUAUUUACAGAACUCAGGCUUCAGUGGCCGCCCUGGUCCGCCAGGCCCACCUGGACCUCAGGGACCCCCAGGAGAUGGACGGCGAUCAGGGGGAUAUGGAGACAGGGAGUCCAGGCAGUACAUCCGCACUGAGCUUCAGGACUACCUGCGGAGUGAUGAAGGGCAGCGCUAUGUAUCCAGCCGCCCAGGGUCCCCAGGUCCUCAGGGUCCCCCUGGCCCUAAAGGUGACCGCGGAGAGCCUGGACAGCCUGGACAGCAGUACUACUAUGGCAAUGACCGGACUCGCGGCCUGAACGGCGCUGUGGCAGACACCGUAGACUACUCCAGCAUGGCACUAAGGGUCACCGACUACAUCAAGAACCAGGGCUUACUCCAGAGUGUUAUAGAGGAUGAAUAUAACCGUGGCGGAAACACUAGAACUGUCCAGGGUCCUCCAGGGCUGCCCGGACCACCAGGACCACCUGGAUACAGCCGCGUCUUCACACAAUAUGGCAACACCACAGCAGACCUCAUGGACUUCUUCCGAAAACAUGGCACCAUCCCGGGUCCCAGAGGUAGCCCAGGGCUGAAGGGAGAUAGGGGUUACCCUGGACCUAAAGGAGACAGAGGCAACCCAGGCCUACCAGGGUCUCCGGGAUCCCAAGGAGCCAGGGGAGAGAGAGGCGAGCUGACGUUGACACGACGGAGGAGGCAUGCAGGAGCUUAAAGAUGCUUCAACCACAGUUUUGAGGACGUCUAUGUUUUGCCACACUGUUAAAGUCCUCUACAGAGAGCACACCACAAGUGCAUUCAGAAGCUUUGGGGACCAGCUACUUUUAAGCUUUUUUAGGUAACAUGCUAUGUAGGAAAAAAAGUCUCUGCACACUCGGAUCCAUGCAAAAAAGUGUCUUUACUUAUACCAAGCUUUCGGUACUUAGACCUUCAUCAGGGCAUUGCACACCACAUACAGAGCAGUACAUUUAAUAGUCUAACAAGGGUUCAAUUAGUACAAUCAAUCAAACAGGACACACCUGUCUGAUUACUCAUGACCUCUUGGGAGAUGUAGUCCAGUAGACAUAUUUGUAGUCUGUCUAAUACAUGUCAGUGGCAUACACUAGAUAACUGAGGUGAUUUUGAAUGAACAAUAUCCUCAAAUGUGCAAUUACAAUAAACAAAAUAAAAAAGUACAAAAAACACAAAUAAACAGUCAUUUUGAUACAACCAGGAGUGUAGAACUGCAUAAACAUCAGACAUUUAGUCAUCAUACAAUGCAGUUCAUUCAGUUCCUAACAGUAUUACAGUAACACACUCAUAUCAAAAUCAGUAUUUAAACCUUUUGGGUGGAGUGAAUCCAAGGUGUGUAUCCAAAACAAUUCCCUCUGGCAUAAUUUCUUAUCAAUGUCACCCCCUCUGGGCAGCUUCACUUGUUCGAUACCCUGGAAGCGAAGGGAGGAGACAGUAUGAGAAUGUUCAUUAAAAUGACAGGCUACCGGGUAGUUGGGAUCAGAUCGUCUAAUUGAGCUUUUGUGUUCGCUGAUUCUUUGUUUUAAACAGCGUGUGGUUUUUCCCACAUAUAUCUUAUCACAUGGGCACUUUAACAUAUAAAUGACAUUUCUAGUGUUACAUGUGAUGAAGCCUUUCACAGAGAAACUCUUACCCGUCCUAGGGUGUCUAAAGUCUCUUGUCUUAUGUGUAUUGUUGCAUUGAGCACAAUUACCACAUGGAUGGUUUCCAUCUUGGAGUGGUGCCAGAAGGCUUUGCUUUGGUUCUGUAUGUAUACUCGCCUUCACUACCUUAUUGCGGAGAUUAGGACCCCGUCUAAAUACGAAUAAGGGCGGCUCCUUGAAUUUGUCUUGAAGGAAGGGGUCAUCUUUAAUUAGAGGCCAGUACUUCAUGAUAGUAUUUUUAAUCAUUUGGGCAGAUGGGCUAUAUGUUGUGAUACAUGAAACAGAAAAUGCCUUGUCCCUUCUAACACUUUUUUUUAAUAGAUCAACUCGAGAUGUAGAUAAAGCUGUAUUGUAUGCUUCCUCAAUGCAAGCUGAGGGAUAUCCCCUUGCUACAAAGCGUUGUUUCAUAUCUUCAGCAUUCUCAAUGAAGUCUUCAGUAGAAUGACAAAUACGCCUCAGUCUAUAGAAUUGGCUUUUUGGGAGGCCAUAUUUCAAUGUUUUAGGAUGUGCACUACUUGCCAAGAGGAGUGUAUUACGGUCUGUCUCCUUCCGGUAAAGUGAGGUAAGGAGUUUUCCUUCCUCUAUUUUAAUCCACAUAUCAAGAAAAUGUACACAUUUAGAGUCAAACUCCACUGAAAAUUUUAAGUCUGGGCUCAUUGCAUUGAGGUGAGUUGUAAAUUCAGUCAAUUGGGCUUGUGACCCUUUGAAAAGGCAUAGAACAUCAUCAAGAUAUCUAUAAUAUCUGAUAAUAUUAUGAUAAAAGGGAUUAGUAUUCUCAUUAAAGAUAAACUGUUGUUCAAAGUACCCAACAUAUAGAUUUGCAUAGCUGGGGGCAAAAUUGCUCCCCAUGCUUGUCCCCUUGACCUGUAGAAAGUACUCCCCCUGAUGGAAAGAGAAGAAGUUUAACUUAAGAAUGAGUGUUGCUAGAUCACAAAUAAAUGCACUAGGAGGGUUUAGAUCCUCCAAACGUUCUUGUAGAUAAUAUUCAAGUGCAAUUAUCCCCCGGUCUUGAGAUAUAUUUGUGUACAGACUUUCCACAUCAAAGGUGGCUAGGAAAAUGUCAGGAGGGAGUUCCUGUAAUUCAGAUAGUUUGUUUAUUACGUCUGUAGAGUCUCUCACAUAUGCAGGAAGCUUUUGAACAUAUGGUUUAAUAAAAUGAUCUACAUAAUUUGACAAUGGUUCUAAUAAUGACUCAUUACUGGCCACUAUAGGUCUACCCUUCGGAUUUGUAAGGCUUUUGUGAAUCUUCGGGAGCAUAUAAAAUACAGGUGUAACUGGAUGCUUUUUGUUCAGAUAUUCAAAUUCAUCUUUAUUGAUCCACUUUUGUUCAAAGGCUUGACUCGUGAGAUCCCAAAUUAUUUUUUGGAAAUCAGAAGUGGGAUUAUUUUGAAGCUUUCUAUAAAAUUGAUCAUCAUUUAGUUGGCGAUAAGCUUCCUUUACAUAGUCAGCAGUAUUCAGGAUGACUAUGGCCCCCCCCUUAUCAGCUGGUUUUAUAAUAAAUUCUUUAUCGUCUGCCAAUUCUUUAAUGGCGUUUGUUUCCUCUUUGCUGAGAUUGUAAUUGGGGUAGUAAGGCAUAGAUGUAAAAGUCUCAAAAAUCUCCUGUUCAACCACUCUACAGAAAGUUUCAAUGGAAGGGUUAGAAACAUUGGGUACAAAUGAACUUUUUGGUUUAAACAAUGAUCUAGCAGAAGCUUGAUUUUCAUUCUCAGUCCCAAACAUAGACCUUAGUUUUAUUUUUCUGAAGAACAGAAACAAGUCAGUCUUAAUUUCAAAGGCAUUAGUCUGAUAGGUGGGAACAAAACUCAGUCCUUUGCUUAAACCUGAGAGAUGGUGAGGUGUAAGUACCUUAUCUGACAAGUUUAUGAUUGGGUUGUCUUCCGUUGACGUGUCAUCCGUCCGCGGGUAGUUCCGCCUCUUCCCCCUCCUCGUCUUCCUCGAUUUCCUUUUACGUUUUUUGGAAUCUCCUUUUGCUGAUAUCGAUGUCCAUUCGAUUGGGGGUGAUGAAUACUCUGGUGGGAGUCAGUCUCGCUGGGAACAUGCUAUGUACAGUAGUGUCUGAGUAGAGCUAUAUGUUGAGAUGCCAGUUAGGGUGCCAACGUCAGGUUGCGAGCAGGUAGCAGUUGGAGUUCACGUUAGAAAUUAGGAGUAGCUACAUUUAUGGGAAUUUUCCACUCUCCUCAGAUGUAGUCAAAUGAUCAACUUGAAAUGUUGGAGUAAAAAAAAAAUAAUGCUUUAAAGAAGUUUUUGGUUGCUUCUUUGAGGUUAUAACAUCCAGGAAGUGCUAGUGGCCAAACACUUCUAUUAUACUUGGAAAAUGAUGUCAAGCGAAUGUGAUUUCAACAUGCGGUCUGCAUUAAGAUGCCCCCAAAGCUGGGGGAGCAGAAUUGCCAUCACAACAACACAUCAGCAGGGUAAAAAAUAAGCCAUUUUAAAGUUUACACAUGCCCUUUUAUACUGUAAACUGCAUUUGAGGUAAGAGAAAUUCUUUGGUACAUUUUCUUUUGCAUGAGUAUUCAUUACAAGCUAUUUUCUUUGAACUCUUUUUUUUUGGUUGUUGCUUUGCAAAGAUGAGUUGUAUGUUUGUGGAUGGCACUUAUGAAUGUGUUAAGUGAGAAAAAGGGCUAGUGUAGUAAUAUUUUACCACUAUGUUCAUAUCUAUUUUUUUACCUUUUGAUAUAAAAUGUUUUUUUCUUUAUAUAGUGUACUGCGAUUGAAGUGAGUUCUUGCACUGCCAAAAAUUUAGACUAAAAACUAAUUUUAAACAUUUUAAAAUAAAAAAGCAACACACACACAAAUCGCACAUACAGUUGCAGAGCGGGUGAUCAUCCCUCUCCAGAUGUACAGUAACCAACUUCACUCUGGUGUACAUUGUCCACGGUUAGUAACCUUUGAUAUGUAGCUUUACAAUGUCAAAAUUCAAAAAUAAUGAUUCUUCUCUUUUUGUAAUGAAAGGCAGGCUAGUUUUUCAUAAUGUUAACUUAAUAAAAUGCUAAAACCAUAA